AGAGUGUCUGUCUCCGGGCUGUGCGUUGCAGCAUGCGGGGGAGAGGGCUAAUACCCCCCAUGUGAGCGCUGGAAAUCCUAUGGGAGGGUGACCCCCAGCACGGGCAGGCUCAUGCAGCAGACAAGGGCAAGGGUUGUGGAUAAAGCCCAAGCUGGAUGGAUGGGUAUGGGGAGAGGGGCAGGACCCAAAGCCCUGGGAUUCUUCACAAUCCUCGCUGUCUUCUUCUGCACGUUCCAUACAGUGAGUUCCUCGUGUAGAAUUCUGAAGUGUAAUUCGGACUUCUGGACAGCCACUUCCAGCUCCCACCAUCAGACAGGAGCUGAGGACCCCGUGGAGUUCUGCACGGCACUGCGGACCUACGCUCAUUGCACCCGUCGCACCGCCCGCACCUGUAGGGGAGACCUGGCUUAUCAUUCAGCCGUCCAUGGCAUCGAUGACCUCAUGAGCCAGCACAACUGCUCCAAAGAUGGCCCAACCUCGCAACCUCGUGUUCGCACCCCACCUCCAUGGGACAGUCAGGAAAGGUCGGAUAGUCCCGAAUUUUGCCAUUAUGAAAAAAAUUUCCACCGGCACUCAGCUCCCCCAAACUACACCCAUUGUGGUCUGUUUGGCGACCCUCACCUUAGGACAUUUACAGACACUUUCCAAACCUGCAAAAUACAAGGAGCCUGGCCUCUCGUAGACAAUAAUUACUUGAAUGUGCAAGUCACCAACACUCCAGUGCAUCCAGGUUCAUCUGCAACUGCUACAACCAAGCUCACAAUAAUUUUCAAGAGCUUUCAAGAUUGCGUGGACCAAAAAGUAUACCAAGCUGAAAUGGAUGAGCUUCCUGCAGCCUUCAUUGAUGGAUCACGGAAUGGUGGGGACAAGAGUGGAGCCAACAGCUUAAAAAUAAUUGAGAAAGUAGCAGGUCAGCAUAUUGAGAUACAAGCCAAGUACAUCGGAACCACCAUUGUGGUACGACAGGUCGGCCGCUACCUGACCUUUGCAGUCCGGAUGCCAGAAGAAGUGGUGAAUGCUGUGGAGGACAAGGAUAACCAGGGUCUUUACCUCUGCCUUCAGGGUUGCCCUCAGAACCAACAGAUUGACUUUAGAACAUUCCACUCCCAAACCCCAGAGACUGGUCUUAGGAAGCAUGGGGCUGGAUCCAAUACACCUUCCUUCACCCCACAAAUGGCAGGCGCCAAGUGCAAAGAGAAGCUACCAGUAGAGGACCUUUACUUCCAAUCCUGUGUGUUUGACCUUUUGACCACAGGAGACGUGAAUUUCACCUUAGCUGCUUACUAUGCCUUUGAGGAUGUGAAAUUAUUACACUCCAAUAAGGACAAAAUCCAUUUGUAUGAAAGGACCACUGACUUAGGGCCUGGAAAUGCAGCCACACAUACAGCCCUGGAUUUUACUAAGAUCCUAGUGGCUUUAAUUUGUUUGUUUCAGUGCUGUGGAGUGUUGCUGUGAUUUUAUGUUUACUGUGUAAAUCAUGGAGAGACAAGAUAUGAGAUUUUGACUAGAGUUAAGGUGCAGUCCUAUCUUUCAAGAAGCAUUCAUGAAGGUGAAAGCACUCAAUGUAAGAUCAUCUAUGUGAGAUUCAUAAAUUAUUUUCUAUAUUUAAUAGAGUUCUAAAUUUAAAAAUACAAUUCUUUAACUCCAGAUGCUGUAUAUGCAGAGGUGGAACUACCAUGAAUGCAGCUGGUACACAGAACUGAAGGCAAGGAAACGAUGUAUUUCAGUGUUAAAUUACAUACAGGCAGUGGCGACUAGCGCAAUCAUGCACUGAAGCCUGGCGCUGUAUAAAUUUACCACUAGAUAAGAAGAUUUCCUUGGUAUAUUUGCUUGCUCCAUGAGUGCUUCUACUAGAGAAACAUCGGAACCCCUGAUUGCCAAAGUCAAAA